UGCUGAGUGCUGGUAUAAAUGUCCAGAGAGGGAUGCCACCUUCGAGUUCGUGAGUCCCAUCAUAUCCCCUUUGCUCCAGCAGGUUUAUGAUUGAUCAUGCAUCGGACGAGCUCAUAUGGUAAGCCAUCGGAAGAAAGCUACGUGGCCAAACUGCACCCAUGGGCAGAAAAGCUCAACACUCGACGUCUGGCGGGAAUUACGCUAGCACAAGUCCUUUUAGGAGGAACUUGCAGUCCCAUAAGCUUCGAGGAUUUCGAGUUCUUCCUUGCUUUCAGGGAGCAUUCCUUGGCGAAUCUUCAAUUUGUUGUGUGGUACCAGGACUAUCGAAAGCGUUUCUCUGAACUGCAUGACAGACAGUCACUGAAACGCCGAGACGAAUCCAUCUCGUCGAUCACAUCUUGUUCGUCGCUGGCGUCCAAUAUCAGUCAUUCCAAACAUGAUAUCCCCUCAGGGCCUUACGUCCCUAUACCUUCGAACGAUCCCGACAACCCCCUUCCAAUACCACCGCCUAUCUCUCUUCCACCUGUUCUUUCGUCAUCUUCCCCAGCUAUCAACGAUCGAGCUCUGCGCGAAGAAUGCAUGAAUGUCAUAUCAACAUUCCUAGCUCCUGAUGCCCCCAAAGCGCUUAAGCUCGAUGCUGGGCUCCGUGACGACGUAGUAAGAAGACUGGCGACUAACUGCGACCCUGACGUAUUCAAACCGGCAUAUGAAGCAGUGUACUUUUACUUGGACCGGGUAUCUCUCCCCCGGUUCUUGGCGUACGCGACUCCCAAUAUCAAUCUACCCAAGCAGAUUUUCUUUUAUAUUUUAGGUAUCCUAUAUAUCGUUGCUGCAAUCAUCAUCACUAUCACACUCAUCUUAUUCGUACCGGUGCCUCCCCAAAGCAACCGUGCAUGGCGUCUGCUGGCAUCUGUCCCACUCGCGCUAGGCACCUACACAGUCUGCGCUGCAUGGCGUGGUUUCUGCGCCCAGCUGUGGCACAGACAGUCUGUGCAGCUCCACUCAUGGGAACUCCAAGCUGCGAACGCCAAGUCUCUCGCAUACGUGAAUUCCGUGCGGGGACGGGGACUAGGGGACAUGCGGAGAUGCGUGGGAUUGGUUUGUAAUUCUGCGGAUGGGACUUACGGACGGGGGAGCCCUCCCGUAUGCAUCUUUCAAUCGGAGGAACCGCCAAUAGAGUCAAAGCCGCGGGGAGGUGGUGAUACUCCCAUCACAUUCGGGGUCACCAGACCACCCGUGUUCGGUCCAGAAAAGGUUGUGAAAGACGCACGCAUCUUGGCGGUGCAUCGACAGGUGAUGCAGAGUUGUGGAAUGGUGGGAUUGUGGGCUCUGUUGAUAUUUUCUGCUGUCAUAUUACCGAUACCAGGGCGCCAAGAGUAGUUGACAAUACUUCUUUGGACUCUUACCGCCAUAAGGACGUCUUUACUAAGAUGCAGUGCAGAUACUAGCACUGUUCCUGUCCUUCUGUUCCUCUAUACAUUUUUACCUCGCGUCCGUCAGCAUGGUGUGUAGAGUAUUUUAUUGACGUGUACAAGUAAAUAGUCGUGAACAUCAGCAUAACCAAUGUCAUAGGUAUCCAAAAUAAAACAAUAGAG